GCGAGGCAGCCAUGCUGGCCGGCCUGUACACAGACCAUGAAGUCAAAGAUGAGCUUGUGCUGGGACAGGAGUGUCCAUAUCGACCUGACGUCACUCUAGUAGUUAAUGGUCGCGUUGGCUCUGUGCUCCGAGAUUGCUGCGUGAAACUCGAACGUCUCCCACACGUCGAGGCGCUCGCCAAGCGCCAAGACACAACUCAUAAUGACACGGAAUCUGAUACUGACCAAUUAUACGCUAGAGAGAAAGUACCAAAUUGUGAUCUUUGUGGUGAAAGCUUCAGUCUAAAGUCAGAUUUAUUGAAACACGUCAUGGAUCAUAUUCACAGCCCUUCAAGCGCGGAGCAGGAAGGGAGAGGGCACAGUUAUGCAUUUGAUGGUCAAUGGACGCAGGAGCAGGAGCGCGCCGUGUGCCGCAAACACGAUAUUCGGGACUGCUGCGUGCGCCUCGAACGCAUCCAACACCACGAGGCUCUAGCCAGCAACGAUACCCAAUACAUAACUCAAACUGACACGGAAUCUGAUACAGAGGAAGUACACACUAGAGUUGACUAUGAGAAACCAACAUGUCAUCUUUGCAGAGAAAGUUUUGCAUUGAAAUCCGAUUUGAAGAAACAUAUCAUGAUUCAUAUCCAUGUACCUACCACACACCAUCCACAAGCGAGUCCUGAUAGGGAAUCAGAUACUGGGGAGAAAAACAUCGAUAUUGACUGCGAGAAUGAACCUACAUGUGAAUUUUGUGGCGAGAUAUUUGCUCUAGACUCAAAUUUAAUGAAACAUGUUAUGAUACAUAUGUACGUAGCUCGCACUAAACAACCUUAUGAAAAUUCAAAAAUUCAUACUUAUGGGUGUGACACUUGCGGUAAAAAAUUUCAGAAAAAAAAUAGCUUAAAGCAUCAUAUUAAAACGCACUCGACCCAGUCAAAGUCUAACGACUUUAAAUGCAAUAACAUAGGAGAGAAAUCGUUCAACUGCGAAACAUGCGGUAAGCGUUUCCUAGCUAGAAAUCGGUUGAAAAGACAUUUACUAAUUCACACGGACAUAAGACCAUAUUCGUGUGACGUAUGUAAAAAACGAUUUAGAUAUUCGAGUCAAUUAAAACGUCAUACAUGGAUUCAUGGUGACAUAAGACCAUAUUUAUGUGACGUAUGUAAAAAAGGAUUUAGAACUGCUACUGAUUUAAAAGUUCAUACACGGAUUCAUACUGGCGAAAAAUCAUAUUCAUGUAAGAUAUGUGGAAAAAGUUUCGCAUCUUAUAGUGGGCUGUAUUUACAUAUACGAAUUCACACCGCCUUGACAUCAUACUACUGCGAAACAUGUGGAAAGCGUUUCCCAACUAGAGGCCGGUUGAAUAGACAUUUAAUAAUUCACACGGACAUAAGACCAUAUUCGUGUGACGUAUGUGAACAACGAUUUAGAACUGGGAGUAAUUUAAAAGAGCAUACACGGAUUCAUAGUGGGGAAAAACCAUAUACUUGCAAAGUAUGUAACAAACGGUUCACGCAAAUUUCAACCUUAAGGCAACAUGACUUAACACAUACUGGAAUAAAGCGGUUUGUGCGAAAAGAGAUGUAGAGAGACACAUUCGCACCAUUCAUUUAUUACGUAAGACUUUAAGGCGGGAGGGAGGCGACCACGGAAGCAAUUAUCUAAAAUCGCAAGUUAUUCACGCAACGUCUGUAAAAGCCUUGAGGGGAAAGUGGUCGACCGCGUAAAAUCACCUUUUUACACAAACGUACCUAGUCCUCAUUUUCCUCCCUGGAUGACAAAUCGAUAAAGUUACAGAUAACGAUAUUAUGUUUUAUUCUGAUUUUCAAUGUUUGAGCUAAUAAUUAAUAUCAAUAACGAUUGCAUUGCCAUAAGUCCUUCAGUCCCAUUUCGGUAUUAUAAGACGAUUUUUGACUUUCGGAAUUACCCGAAAUACACCUUAUGUCAAGCUGUAAAGAACAAAAACUAAAGUUUUAAGUUGUUUCAUAAUUGUUGAUUGCAUGAAAGUGUACAAGAAGUGUUAUAUGUAUGCAAUUUACAUAUACAGAUAUAAAAAAAAAAUACUUAACACAUUUGUCAAGCCUCAGGAAGGUAUAAUAUUAAAGUUACCACCAAGUCCACUGGUGGAGGAGGCCGGAGUCAAACCGGCGUCUUCAGAGGGCCUA